CUCGUAUUCUUCACAAAGUGCGCCCGGUGGCUCAAAAGGCCACUCUUCCUAUAAUCCUUAGAUCUAAAUACCAUCUCUCGCACGAGAACCAAGCAAGUGUCCUCCCCAACAAAGUCGAGACUGCCAGUGCUGGAUUUAAGGAUAAUGCCGCAAAGAUGGAAGCGUUGGUCAAGGAUCUCGAACUAAAGACCGAGAAGAUCAAGUUGGGGGGUGGUGAGGUUGCACGCCAACGACACUUGUCAAGAAAGAAGAUGUUGCCAAGAGACAGAAUCAACCGCCUUCUCGAUCCUCAAUCACCAUUUCUUGAGCUGUCUCCUCUGGCAGGAUAUGAGUUGUAUGAUGAUGAGGUUGCCGCUGGUGGUAUUAUUACCGGCAUUGGGCGUGUUAAUGGAGUGGAGUGUAUGGUGGUUGCUAACGAUCCAACAGUGAAAGGUGGAUCUUAUUAUCCCAUCACAGUCAAGAAGCAUCUUCGAGCUCAGGAAGUUGCCAAAGAAAACAACCUUCCCUGUAUUUACCUGGUUGACUCUGGCGGUGCCAACUUACCUCGUCAAGCCGAUGUGUUUCCUGAUCGUGAACAUUUUGGGCGUAUUUUUUAUAAUCAGUCCAACAUGUCUGCCCAGGGUAUUCCUCAAAUUGCUGCAGUAAUGGGUUCAUGUACUGCUGGUGGUGCGUAUGUACCUGCUAUGGCCGAUGAGAGUAUUAUUGUGCGAAAGCAGGGAACAAUUUUCUUGGCUGGACCUCCUCUUGUGAAGGCUGCUAUUGGAGAAGACGUGAGUGCUGAAGACCUUGGUGGUGCUGAUUUGCAUUGUCGUACAUCUGGUGUUACGGAUCACUACGCUUUGGAUGACGAACAUGCACUUGUGCUUGCUCGUCGUAUUGUUGGUACUCUUAAUCGAGUCAAGUCUCCACAGAUUGCUCUUCGUACACCUGAAGAACCUCUUUAUUCUGUUGAUGAAAUUGGUGGUAUUGUUGGCGACAAUCUCCGCAAGCCAUUUGACAGCAAGAAUAUUAUUGCUAGAAUUGUUGACGGUAGUCGUUUCAGCGAGUUUAAAGAGCACUACGGUACCUCUUUGGUCACUGGCUUUGCGCAUAUUCAUGGACACCCUGUUGGUAUUGUUGCCAAUAAUGGUAUUCUAUUUUCGGAGUCAGCUCUCAAGGGAGCUCAUUUUAUUGAGCUGUGCUCUCAGAGAGGUAUCCCUCUCGUAUUUCUUCAGAAUAUUACUGGCUUCAUGGUCGGUUCUUCCGCUGAAGCUGGUGGUAUUGCCAAGAAUGGUGCCAAACUUGUUACAGCUGUGUCGUGUGCGAGAGUACCCAAGUUCACUGUGAUCACAGGAGGUAGUUUUGGUGCUGGUAACUACGGCAUGUGUGGUCGUGCUUAUUCGCCUAGAUUUUUGUGGAUGUGGCCUAACGCUAGAAUUUCUGUGAUGGGUGGAGAACAAAGUGCCAAUGUACUUGCUCAAAUUACUCGUGAAAGUAAAGCCAAGAAAGGAUUGACCUGGCCUGAAGAGGAACAAGAGAAGUUUAUGGCCCCUAUUCGUGAAAAGUACGAGGCGGAAGGACAUCCAUAUUUCUCUAGUGCCCGUAUGUGGGACGAUGGUGUUAUUAAUCCUCGCGACACACGGACUGUCCUUGGUCUCGGAUUAAGUGCCAGUAUGAACGCACCGAUUGAGAAAACCAAGUUUGGUAUCUUUAGAAUGUAGAAAAAGUGUUUUGAAGAAAGAAGAAAGAUCCUUGUUGCUUAUUAAGUACGAGAAAUGAAGGAAACAUUUACAAUAGUCAUAAC